AAUUAAUGAAUAAACAUAUGCCAACUCGUCCUCUCGUUGGGCGUAAGUGGCCGUUGGGCGUGGCCAUGCGAAAUUUUGAGUUUUGCUGAAAUUCAAGCCGCGUGCUCAGGAGGCGAGGAUGCAGCAGCGUGGUGCAUAGUGUCACUGUCAGCACCGGAGGCUCGCGGGUUACGGCGGCGGACCUCACAGACCGAAGGAGGCUGGGACAAGCGCGUACUUUGUUGGGUUCACAUUCUCAGAUUUUAACCAUCUCCGUCUGUCGGUAAAUGAAGAGCCCGCGCCGCGUGGAGCCCAGACAUUGACGGAAAACCAUGGAGAGCCAGGGCAGCCGUUGCAAGAUCGUGGUGGUAGGAGACACGCAAUGUGGCAAAACGGCGCUUUUACACGUUUUCGCGAAGGACUGCUACCCAGAGAAUUACGUUCCCACGGUCUUCGAGAAUUACACGGCCAGUUUUGAAAUCGAUAAACAGAGGAUUGAGCUUAACAUGUGGGACACAUCAGGAUCCUCAUACUACGAUAACGUGCGGCCGCUGGCGUACCCCGACUCUGACGCUGUGCUCAUCUGCUUCGACAUCAGCCGCCCCGAGACCCUGGACAGCGUGCUCAAGAAGUGGCAGGGUGAGACUCAGGAGUUCUGCCCCAACGCCAAGGUGGUCCUGGUGGGCUGCAAGCUGGACAUGCGGACGGAUGUGAGCACCCUGCGGGAGCUGUCCAAACAGAGGCUGAUCCCCGUCACUCACGAACAGGGCAGCACCCUUGCCAGGCAGAUGGGCGCGGUGGCGUACACCGAGUGCUCGUCCAAGGUUUCGGAGAACAGCGUGCGGGACGUGUUCCACAUCACCACGCUGGCGUCCAUCUCCCGCGCACACCGGCCGCAGCUCAAACGCAGCGAGUCCCGCCACGGCCUGAAGAGGGCGUCACACCUGUCCGUCCGGACUGAGCAGCUGGACGACACGCCCGCCAUGCGGAAGGACCGCGCCAAGAGCUGCACGCUCAUGUAGAGCGCCCCCUGCUGGGAAACGCGCUCUCACGUGUGGAUACGUACAUGUACAGAUGUAUAUAGAUGUGCUACUGAGAAGGUCUAUUUAUUGCUCAUCUCAACCUUGUCCUUGCACUGCUGAGGAGGAAUGGAAGGCUGCGGCCAAGCGUGUUCUAGAGUGUUCUUUUUGUGCGGUUCAUUCUUUACUGUUUACACUGUUCUAUGGAGGCUGGAAUGACCAAGCCCCAGAGACGGGCUGGUGAAACUGGAUGCCUAGGCCUCUUCUGAGUUCUCAUUGGAUGGAUGCUGGAUUUUUUUUGGUUUUUCGUUGGAUGAAAUCCUGUGCUGUUUUUACAGCCCCCUUGGGCUGACUGGCUGGCAUUUGGGUGAAAGUGAAGCAGACAUUGGGAGGGGGGUAAAACGCGAAGGCUUUAAUUUUUGGGAUUAUGACCGAAGUGGACGGAAUAUGUGGAAUCCAGAGAGAGGUAGAAGUGACUCUAUGAAGGGAAAAUCUGUGUACAAAGCAGAGAAAUGUCUUACAGUGGUAUUUGGCUUUAUACUCCAGUUCAUUGGAUUGGAUGAAGCAAUGACGUUAAAGUGCAGGUUUUUAAUUUGAAGGUAUUUAUGUCUUUAUUGGGUGAACCAUGCAGGAAGUGCAAUGCUUUACAUAUAUAUCACAUAUGUAUAAAUAUAGUUCCCCCAUUUUGUGCGAGUAAAAGUAAUUUGACAAGUUAACGUUAGCAUUAAUAAAGUCAUCAUAUUUAGUUCUUGGUUGCAAAUCCUUUACAUUUGAUGACUGCCUGAAGAGGACCAGCUGGGCAUCUUCCCUGGUGAUGCUUUGCCAGGCCUGCACUGCCAGGCUCACCCUUUAAAUUACAGGCUGCUAAUUAUACAAUAAUUACUGGUAAAUAUCAAGUAAUUACUGAUGCUCUGCCAGGCCUGUACAGUAGCCAUCUUCAUCAUCAGUUCAGUCAUAUUCUUUUUGUUUUGGGGGCGUUUGUAUAAAAAGGGCUGUAAUUCCUUCAUGGAUUCACCAAAUAAGUAUGCAAAUACACUCAAAUUAAAACUGACAGUUGGCACUUUAUCCUCGCAAUUAAUUUUUUCAUUUUUAAUCCAAUGUGCAGGAGUGUCAAAACAAACGAAAAUGUGUCACUGUUCAUAUACUUACAGACUGUAAUGUAAUUUCACCGAAAUGUGAAAAAAGGUUUAAGAAUAAAAAGAAAGGACUGCUUGUGUCUAUUCAAGUGAAAUUCGCACAUAAAGAUUAUCUUUGUGAAGAAUAUUAAUUGUGCACCCUGGAGGAUGUGGUGGGAUUAGUGUCAAAAAUGGUUCUGGAAACCGCAGGUGCUUUCCCGAUAGUUCUUAGUAUAUCUCAUUUUUUGGUUGUUUAUGUGUUAACUUUAAAAAAAUUUUAGACCAUGUCUAUUUAAUUUGUUGGAAUCAUUAUUGUUAUGAAUUUAUAAAGUUUUAUUUUGAGGGCUGUUUUUUGCAGUAUUUUCACUGUAUCUGUGCAGAGUGGAAAUAAAACAGUGUCCCCUGGUACAGCAGUGCAGCUCAUUUUAUAGGAUAUGUAAAAAGAGUCCUCGGGUUAUAGUUCUCCAUUUAUUUUAGUUACUGAUGGCCAAGUUUUCAGAAUUGGAAGUCCUCUCUGCGCUGCUGGGAGAUCCAGCUGCUCCUCCUGGGCUGCAGGGAGAUCCAGCUGCUCCUCUUGGACUGCUGGGAGAUCCAGCUGGUCCUCCUGGACUGCUGGGUGUCUUUACCAGCUGUAUAUCAGAAGCACUCUGGGGCAGCUCUGCUCAGCUGCAGAACUGCAGAAUAAGAAGAGGUGACUAGUGUACCCCACACAGGCUAACCAGUGCCCUCUCAAAUCAGGAGUGGAUGUUGCUGCUCUAGAAGGGCCUUUCCACAAUGGGAAAAGUAUGAUUUGAGGCUAAAAAUCCCUUCAUUCAUUAAAAAAGGCAAACUUGGAAUUAUGAAAUUGGGUUAAAAAACUAAAAUACCAGGUGAGGUUGGUCAGUAGUCAUGGCUGAUAUUUUACGUGCAGACCCUUCCUUUGUUGAGAACCUUACAGUACAUAAGAGAGCAGGGAGAGCCUUUUGUACCACUGCUUUCUCUGCCAAACAGGAAAUUCUCAAAACAGGCAAACCUC